AUGUGUUAUAUAAGUCUGCAACGCCUAGCAGGUAGAAACUGGGGGAUUCGAGUGGUAGAAAGAAGACUGAUUUACACUCAAAUUUUUGAAAGUACAAUUCUUUAUGCAGCAGGAUUGUGGGGUAGAUUUUUACCAGUUAAAUUAGAAAAGCAAUUACUAACUCUUCAACGCAGGGCACUUCUCACUAUAACCGGAGCAUACAGAACUUGCUCGCACACCGCUUUGCAAACCUUGACUGGUAUUCCUCCAAUAGAACUAACAGUAAGGGAAAAAGUAUGGAUUUGGAAAAUGGGAAUUGAAUCAGAAGAGAUUAUUCUAGAUGGAACUACUUAUUCACCUUCAGAUUUUGAAACGCCUGCAUCUAAAUGGUUUUCCCUUUCACAUUUACAAAUCAAAGAAUAUCCAAUCUCAAUGAAUUCCAAUUCUACAAAUCUUUCCUUUCAUCGCUUAUACACAGAUGGUUCUCGCACUUCCACCGGUACAGCAUCAGCAUAUGCUUAUUUUGAGGGCGAAACUCUUUCAUCAUCUUGGAGUAUCCGACUUCAAGCAGAAUUAUUUACUAUUCAUCAAGCAUUAAAAUUCUCGAAUUCACUUAACGCUGAUUCCAUUCAAUUUUUUUCGGAUAGUCAGUCUUCUCUCUUAGCAAUUAAAAAUCCUCUUCAACGGAAUAAAUCAGUAUCUGAUAUUCAACAGUCAUUAUUAGGUAAUUCUUCUGUCUCAAUUCAUUGGGUAAAAAGGCAUUCUGGGGAUGUCGGCAACGAUCUGGCUGAUCGCUUAGCAAGAACUGCAGCUGACGACCCGCAGUUUCCUUCUUCAUCUAUUUCUCUUCCAAAAUCUUCACUAAUUUCAUACAUUAAAAAACAAACAUUAGAAGACUGGCAAUUUAGGUGGAAUGAAGCGGAUACUGGACGUAGAGUCUUCGAAUUCUUCCCCACCGUUCGUUUUUCUCCCCGCAUUAAAAGUAGGUUUGAGACAAUUUUCCUUUCUGGCCAUGGACCAUUUCCACAAUAUCUUCACAGAUUUAACCUUUCUGAUUCUGCUAAUUGCUCUUGCGGGGAAUUAGGUUCUCCAGAACAUUACAUUUUUUUCUGUCCACAAACAUUGCAAUUGCAUAUCAGACAUAAUCAUAGUCUUUCACUCAAUAAAAACAUAUUAAUUGCCUUUUCACAACAUCAUACCCGCAUCAGAUUUACCUCAAUUUUCAGUCUAUUUGCUAAUGAAGGCUUCAUGUUUCAAGGCGUUGAUUAA